AUGGAGGACAAUGGAAGUUUUGAAGAGAAAUUCCUUUCAAAUGGUGAUGUCUACAUUGGCCAAUUCAAGGGUCUACUUCCCCAUGGCAACGGAAAGUACACAUGGUCAGAUGGAACAAUAUACGAAGGAGAUUGGAUCGAUGGAAAGAUGACAGGCAAAGGACUAAUUACAUGGACAUCAGGAUCAAAGUACGAGGGUGAAUUCUCCGGGGGUUAUCUUCACGGUCAAGGCACGCUUACAGAAUCAAACGGUUGUGUUUACACAGGCGGAUGGAGGAUGGACGCUCAUCACGGGGUUGGACGAAAGGUGUAUUGGAAUGCAAAUAACUAUGAUGGUUUAUGGAAAGAAGGAAUCCGCGAAGGCUGUGGAAAAUUUACUUGGAACAACGGAAGUGUCUACCUUGGAAAUUGGAAAAAAGGGAAAAUAGAUGGAAGAGGGAUUAUGAAGUGGUAUAAUGGUGAUAUUUUUGAUGGUUUUUGGCUAAAUGGACAUAGAGAAGGAUCUGGAGUUUAUCGAUUUUCUGAUGGAGGACUUUAUAUUGGAACAUGGAGUAUGGGCCUAAAAGACGGAAAAGGAACAUUCUAUCCCGUUGGGAGCAAACAACCGUCUCUAAAGAAAUGGUGUAGCAUUCUUAAUAGCGAUGAUAACAGUUUUCAAGUUCCGAAUCCAAGAAUUAACCGGAGUCUCUCUGAUAAACCUCGAGCCAGAGGUAUAAAGAAAAUAUCUCGUCAUUUAUCUCUAAGGACUUCGUUGUUGGAUGCGAACUGGGAACAUCCAAAUUCUUCUGAAGAUUGUAUAUGCCGUGAUUCAUCGUCCGCGUUAUCACAGGCCUCUAAUGAAGGUCAAUCUGAAGCAUCUGGUACGAGUAAUAUGGUUUUUGAAAGGGAAUAUAUGCAAGGAGUUCUACUUGUGGAGAGAAUUAGAAAUUUUUCAGAAAUACCGCAUAAUAAGAUGAAAAGGCAAAAUAAGUUUAGUGUGAAGCAAGUAAAAAAGAAAUCAUUUAUGGGCAAAUUUCAAAACCGCCGAAGCUAUUAUCUGAAGCUUAAUUUGCAGCUUGGAAUCAGGUACACUGUAGGAAAAAUUACACCGGUUCCUGCGCGCGAAGUUCGAUCAUCUGAUUUUGGAGAAAGAGCUAGGAUAAGGAUGUAUUUCCCCAAGAAGGGUUCACAAUUUACUCCUCCACACAGUUCUUUAGACUUCUACUGGAAAGAUUAUUGCCCUAUGGUCUUCAGGAAUUUGAGAGAGAUGUUCAAAUUGGACGCCGCGGAGUACAUGAUGUCUAUUUGCGGCGACUCUGGUCUAAAGGAUAUAACUUCUCCAGGAAAAAGUGGCAGCAUAUUCUUUAUUUCUCAUGAUGAUAAAUUUGUGAUAAAGACACUGAAAAAGUCUGAGCUAAAGGUUCUGCUCAAUAUGCUUCCUAAAUACUACCAUCAUGUAGGAAGUUAUGAAAAUACUCUCAUUACAAAAUUCUUCGGGAUCCAUCGAAUAACAGUGAUAGGUGGGAAAAAGGUACGGUUCGUUGUCAUGGGAAAUAUGUUUUGCACAGAACUUCAUAUCCACCGCCGUUACGAUCUGAAGGGGUCUUCUCAAGGCAGAUAUAUAAGCAAAGAAAAAAUUAAUAGCGAUGCAACAUUGAAAGAUCUUGAUCUAAAAUAUGAAUUUCAUAUGGAUAAAAUAUUGCGAGAAUCCUUGUUCAAGCAAAUUUCUCUAGACUGCAAGUUUUUGGAAUCUCAGCGCAUAAUUGAUUAUAGUCUUCUGUUGGGAUUACAUUUUAGAGCUCCAGAGAAUCUAAAGGCAUUCGUCGAAACUCAAGGAUCAAUACCGCGUCAGACUAGUUUACCUUUACCUUCUGCAAAUGGUCCACUCAAACAUGCGGAUCAGUCGAUUAUUCCUAAAGGGUUGUUAUUAGUUGCACACGAGCCCGGCUUUGUCAAAUCAACGCCUGGACCUCACAUACGAGGGAAUCCAUUGAGAGCAUACUCCAUUGGUAACAGGGAAGCUGAUCUUUUACUUCCCGGUAUUGCAAGGUUGCAAGUGCAAUUAGGAGUGAACAUGCCAGCUCAAGCUACAUGCUUAAUUCAAGAUGAUAAGGAAUAUAAUAUCAAAAAGAAAAUAGAGCAUAUCUACAAAUCAAUAAAGUUUGAUCCUAUAACUAUAUCAGUAACAGAUCCUAAAGUUUAUGCUGAACGUUUUAUCAAUUUCAUGGAUAAGAAAGUUUUCCGGGAAACACCUUGA